AUGUUGGGUUCCACCCAACAUGCACGCUCCCACUGCAGCCGCAACGGUGGUGCGAAGCCUCGAAUGCUGCUGCUGCUCACCCUGCUGGUGGUGCUACAGCUGCUGGCCGCGGGCGCGACCCCUGCAAGCGCCUUUUAUGUGCCAGGCGCAGCAGAGAAAUCGUACAAGAAUGGCGAAGAGGUGAGAUUCAUGGUGAAUUCGUUGCGAUCGUCGUCGGAGAUGUUUCCCAUCGACUACUCAAAGAUGCCCUUUUGUCAGCCGGCAAGGCAGGAGUUCAAGGAGGAGUCCAUUGGCGAGAUCAUCUGGGGUGACCGCAUGCUCAACUCCCUGUACGCCGUCAAGAUGAGGGAGGAUGUGAGGUGCAUGACACUCUCCAAUUGCAACUUCAGCACCAACACCGAGAUGAUUCGCAGGAAGGAGUCGAAGAACCUCACAAAGAUGAUCAAUAAAUGGUACCGCGUGUACAUGAACAUCGACAACUUGCCCGUUUUCUCCACCAACCCGGAGAGCACACAGAUGAGCGACUGCGCCAAGAAACUCGGCAAAGACGUCAAGGUCUACGCACAGCGAGGGUUCCCGCUCGGUCUCCCGGCCAAAUGCACGAGUGACAGGGCGGCGCUGCUAAACAAUCACCUUGAUUUCACGAUUCACUACAACCACGACAGCAAGACGACCAGCACAACCGCGGAGCAGGAGAGAAAGUAUAUCGUAGUCUUUAUCGACGUCAAGGCCAGAAGCAUCGCUUGGAGCGACCCCCUAGAAUGCAACAGCGAGAUGAAAGUCGCGCCGGAGGUUCUCGCGCCGAUGCGCGGCCUCAAGAUGAAGGAUGUGAUGCAGAAGAUGGCGACAGUGUACUGGACGUACAGUGUCCAGUGGAAGGAGAACCCGACCGUUAAGUGGGCGACGCGCUGGGACUUCUACCUCACCGCCGCCGCCGCUGCUGCACCCGCUGGCCACAUCCUCUUUAUCAUCCUCUCGCUUAUGGUGGUGCUGUUCAUUGGCAGCGCGGUGAUGGGGGUUCUGUUAAGGGCGCUGCACAAGGACUUUAACCGCUACAACUCCGAAGACCCAGAGGACUUGCAGGAGGAGGUGGGAUGGAAGCUGGUUCACGCCGACGUGUUCCGCCCACCACUUUACGCAAACUGGCUGGCCAUCUUCGUCGCCAACGGUGUCCAAAUCCUCACGACUGUUGGGGUGGUGCUCAUCAUUGCGCUUAUGGGCUUCCUCUCCCCCUCUCGGCGCGGCGCGCUCCUCACGACCCUGCUGCUGACCGCCGUCUUCACGUCGUUCAUUAGCGGCUAUGUCUGCGGUGUGCUGCUGCAGUACCUUAACUCCCGUGCUUGGAAGCACAUUUUCACGUGCAGCUUCACACUGCCGGGCGCGAUGCUGCUCAUCUACAUCUUCAUCCUCAUCAUCAACAAGGCACACGGCGCCACUACUGCCAUCCCGUUCAUGACGCUGUUGGAGAUGCUGACGCUCUUCGUGACGGUGAGCCUGCCGCUGACGGUGCUGGGUGGCUCCCUAGCCUUCCGCCAACAGCCCAUCACGAACCCGACGCGGGUUGGUCGCCUCGCUCGCGAGAUCCCGGUACAAAGCUGGAUCAACCAGCCCAUUUUCAUCUGCGUCUUCUGGCCAUCUGUUCCGCUUGUCGUCGUCGUGAUUGAGCUCUACUACAUCAUGCAGGACCUGUGGGAGGGACAGAUCUAUUACUCCUUCGGCUUCCUCACCGUGACGGCCUGCAUUUGGGUUCUCGUCUGCGCUCUCGUCACGGUAUCGUGCCUGUACUACGUUCUUUGCUACGAGAAUCAUCGCUGGUGGUGGAUUGCGUACUUCGUGCCUGGCGGCGCCGGUGUCCACAUGUUCUGCAUGUCGUUAAUUUUUUUCCUGUCUCACGUCUCCGUGAGCAGCUUCGCCUCUGCGGUGCUUUUCUUUUCCUACAUGGGGAUGAUAUCGUACUUGUACGGGAUGGCGGCUGGUGCCGUCGGCGUGAUUGUCUCCAUCUUGUUCGUGCGCAGGAUCUACGGCAGCAUCAAGAUUGACUAG